CCGACUGACCGGGCCGCGCGUGAAUCUACCCGCGCUUGCCACACGCGCGCGCGUCACCCUCACCCCCGUUGUGGGCGGGGCCUUGACAGUAGGAAAAUAGAAAUUCCUCGCUUCUCAAAGUCAUUGGGAGAGAGAGAAGGAUUGGGCAGCGCUCCGUCUCACACGCGUCGCCUCGGCUGCAGGGAACACCUCCGCUUUCUUCUUCAGAUGAUCAAUAGAACGAGAUGACAAUAGACACAAUGGAAUCUCAUCCUCCAUCACGAAUUCAGCAAUAUAUAACCACGGCCUCAGCAACCAUGGGCGCCUUAGCUCUUGGAUCAGUUAUAGGCUUCACUACGCAUUGUGUCGCCCAACUGACCUCCGAAGACACUCCCACCUCGAGCUCCGAUUUGCGAUUAACACCGCCCGAAGCCAGUUGGUUCGCAUCGUCUGCUAACUUGGGGGCGGUUGUGGGAGGUCUGAUUGGCGGGUUGGCAGCCAAUCACAUCGGCAGACGUGGCACACUCCUUGUCGUGGCACCGCCCUUCAUCGCGAGCUGGUUGAUGAUUGCCUUAGCCUACGAUUUUGCACUCUUGAUGGCCGGCCGCGUGUUAACAGGGGUCUGCAUGGGGAUUGUGUGCUCCGUUGCUCCUCCUUACAUAGGGGAGUUCGCGUCAGCUAAUAUACGGGGUACUUUGGGCAGUUGUUUUCAAGUGAUGUUAACAACAGGAAUCCUCUAUGCUUUCUUCUUGGGCGCAGUGGUUGGCAAUUGGAGAUUACAAGCAUUCUUAUGCAUGCUUCCGCCGGGUCUCCUUCUGGUUAGCAUGUACUUUGCCAAAGAAUCGCCGAUAUAUCUGCUCGCUAAAGGGAGAGAUGAGGAGGCGGCGAAAUCACUCCAGUUUUUCAGAGGGAAGAACUACAACAUUCAGGAUGAGAUGAAAGUCCUGAAGGAGUCCCUCGAAGACGCCCAGAGAAACAGCUUCUCCCUGAAGGAUCUGAAGCAGUCUUACGUCCUGAAACCUCUCUUCAUAUCUUUGCUCCUCAUGUUCUUUCAGCAGACGACAGGCGUUCCGGCCGUGAUGUUUAACCUUACUACUGUGUUCAGGGCAUCCGGUAGUGCUCUGUCAGACGACAUGAGUGUUAUUAUCAUCGGCAUAGUUCAGGUUCUGGCCACGGGCGGCGGUAGCGUGCUUGUGGACAGAGCUGGGAGGAAAAGAUUACUCAUUAUAUCGGCCGCUGUCAUGGCUGUGUCGAUUGUCGGAAUGGGAGGAUUUUCCUACGCCAACAGUAUAUCCUCGCCUCAGCCAAAUCCUCCCCCAGCGUCAGUGUCCGCCCUAGGAGUUAUUCCUCUGGUCCUUCUGAUAGUCUUCGUCAGCGCCUUCUCCGUCGGCUUAGGUCCCGUGCCGUGGCUUAUGAUGGGUGAGCUUUUCCCCUCGAAUGUGAGAGAAACGGCAGCGAGUUUAUCCACCGCCUGCAACUGGAUAUCGGCUUUCCUUAUUACACUGAUUUUUUAUCCGAUGACUGCCUCCCUCGGUGAACACGGCACAUACUGGGUGUUCGGUGCCAUCUGCCUCCUGGCGCUGGUCUUCUCCGCGUGUUUUGUGCCGGAGACCAAAGGGAAGACGUUACUGCAGAUCUCCGCCUAUUUUGGAGCUCCUGAUGGGGUGGUGGACGAAGGCGAAGGAAGGACAGGCGAAGGGGUGAUGGAGAAAGCAGUAUGAGGUGUCGUGUGUGAUUCAUUUGGUAUUAAUUCGGUGAUUUUUGUGUGCGUUUCUUUUCUUAUUCACCCCCUCCCUGUUUUUCCUUUUCGCUGUUUGCCUGUCUGUCUGAAUUUAUUUUUUAUUUCGCUCUUUCUUUUUAUUUGUGUGUCUUUCUCUCUCUCUUUAUC